AUGGAUAGUGCUGGUCGCGUUUUGGAACUGGAAGAACGGAUUCGGCAGCUUGAGCUGCAAAAUAUGGAACUGAUGCGUCAAAAUAGACAUUCUCGGUCUCCGUCUCCGUACGAAGCCGAUAUGACGUCGUCUGAGCGUGCUAACCCGUUCGAAUUGGAUUUGUUGGACUUGGACAUGAUGGAAGAAAAGAGUGAAGAUGAGUGGUUGUUUGUUUCACCAAUCAAACUUCCUACUCCUGCACAAAGAAAGAUUAAAGUACACGAAUGGCUAGAACAAGAUACAGACAAGGAUGACACACCAUCUCUGCCCCGUUUGGAUUCUGUACGACAAACUUUAAGUUUUCAUAAUGACAAUCUAGAGAGCAGCAAGAACAUUGCAUCGGGGACUUACUCACUUGCAAGUUUCAACCCACGUCCAAAUGACAACAUCGAAACUAAACCAACUAUUCCACUUCCAGAACAAAAGCCAAAACAAGUAAACUACAGAAAUUGUGACUCUUUUGGAUAUAGCAAAAUGAGAAAGCCAAAUAACAAUAAAGUAGUAAACGAUCCUACAGUUCCAACCGAUCAGCUUCCAGGUAAUGUGGCUGCUAGUCACCACAAAACACAGGAGGAAGACAAACAGACUUUUCAUAUAGACGAUGAUGAAUUGUUGGAGUUUCAACAGAUUGAGGAAGAAGUUGAGUUGGAUGAGUUUGCUGAAGUCGAGGCAAUGGUAAACGAGGGACACGUAGCUGAAGCAGGUGAAGAGCUACUCCAUGGAAUUCAUUUAACAGACGAUCAACACUCUAGUAGUCAAAACAAUCAUCAUCAUCAUGAGUUAGACUUGAAAAUGAACGUAACCUCAUUGUCCCAUAAAGCUAGUGGCAGUAAACCUACCACACAAGAGCACAGACAAUCUCGUUUACCUGAGAAACUAGGACGCUUACAGACAAAACAAGGAAGCAGUAAACUUACUGUCAAUAACCCUAAGAGACGGAGCAACAGUACGACUCGAGUUCUUUGCUCAAUUGGCAAAGCAUCAGAGAAAACCCAGGGCUCCGGUCGAUCUACUAACCACACAUAUAAACUUGAGCAAAAAUCAAUGCUACCAACAUCCAGCAAUAUAACUAAACAAAAACAAUCUCAGAGGUCAAUAAGGCCGCCUUCAAACCUUGCAGCUGGAGUGAGAAACUCAUACAACACUAAGAAACCACAAGUUAAGGUGAAUGGUAGUGCAGAAGUCGAUGAGGAUGAGAGCUGGAAAGAAGGCUGUUUCUAACAUUUGUAUCAUCUUAUUUAUACCAAGAGAUCAAAUCCAGUGGACAAUGAAAUGUCACCACAUUGAGACAUACUGUGCA